AUGCCUCGCAUUCAGGGCGCCAUGGCAGCAGUAACCCUUGGUCUCACAAGACACCGACGGCGCAAAGCACGCACUGUGCACCGCCGUGUCCUGUCCGUAUCGACUAAAAGCGGAGAUCGGAUUCACCGGGAACUUUUUAACGAUGUCCAGGAGCUCUGGGCUGUGCGGAUGCCACACAACGGCGCAUAUCGGCUGCGGCAAGCCUUGUCCAAGUCAGAUUCAGGAAGAGCUGGAACUGAAACUGGAGGCAUUCGAAAAGGGCCGAUGCGGCAGAACUGGGCCGAUUUUAUUUUGAAACAACGGAAAGAGCAAGGGAUUUUCAACGUCGUCUCAGAGACACUUGGUGCUCACUCUUUGCUGCUUUUAGCACAUGAAGUAUCACCAGCUGACCUCCCAGAGGAAAUGCAGAAUCUCAUAGCUGCAUUUCAAGGAUCCUUCACUAGAUACACAUUAGUCUUGAACUACCAUAACUACAGCUACAAGGAGGUCUUGAGCCGUUUGCUCCCUUCCACAAUCACAGUGCCCUCUGGAUACGAGAUUGUCGGUCACAUCGCCCACUUCAAUUUACUGGAUCAGCAUUGGCCGCAUCGGUUCCUCAUCGGGGAAGUUUGCUUGGACAAAUGCCCAUGUAUCAAAACGGUUGUGGCAAAGCUCGGGGCCGUCUCAAACAAGUUUCGCACAUUUGACAUGGAGGUGAUUGCAGGGCAACCUUUGACGCAGGUCACCCUGAAAGAACACGGACUGCAGCUGCAGUUUGACUUCCAGAAGGUCUACUGGAACUCGCGCAUGUCCGCUGAACGCGGCCGAGUUGCAGCCAAGUGUGGACCUGGCGAAGUUGUGCUGGACCUUUGCUGCGGUGUUGGCGCAUUUGCACUGCUUUGUGCCAGGAAGGGCUGCCUCGUAAUUGCAAAUGAUCUGAACCCAGAUGCAGUGCUCUUCGCUCAGCGUAAUGCAGAAUUGACUCGGCUGGCACUCGAUAUCCUUUGCGACGAAGUCCAUCGAGCAAUUCCACCGCACGUGCAGAGUGGGAAGAUCCAAGAGGCGGAAAUACAUAGAGAAAAUCGGGCGAGAGAUGAAGCAAACGAAAUGAAGAAUGCAAAGAAAGUCAGGAACGUGCAGGAAUCCAAUGAAGCGGACGACGUGCGUAACAUGAAGUGUGACAUGAAUGGCAUGGGUAACAUAACAAUUUCAUCAAGCAUGGCGCGCAGCGAGGGCAAUCUGAGCGUAUACUGCUACACCUUCGCCUCAUCACGGUCCGAAGUUUUGGAACAUUUGAAGCUGCUCCUUCCACACCUUCCGGAGGUACACACGGCAAAGAUCCGUCAUGUGCGCUUAGUUUCACCAUCCAAAGCCAUGUUUUGCGUAGAGUUCGACCUCGAGCUGAAAGGGGGCAUUUGUGUUUGUGAAUGGGAUGCCCCGCACUUUGGUGGUAGAGAACCACCGCCACCUUCGUGGGAUGGAAAUGACCCGUCAAAUGAACUAGUGAUGUAUGAGAAGAAUGUCAAGCUUUGGGAGUUUGAGUCAGAGUUAGACCCGGUCAAAAGAGGCGUGAGACUUUUGAGAAACCUUAGCGGCGUCGCUAGGUCAGUCGCUGACACACUGGAGUUUGAUGAAAUAGCAUGCGCCAAAGGAGCUGAGAAUUUGCUGAAAGCCUUGAAGGACCACUUUGCGCCACACCUUGAAGUGAGUCUUCCUAGGGCGUUUGAGAGGGCCAUUUACGGCUCACCUAGGACUUCGAAGGGGUCAAUUCAGGAAUACAUCAUCCGAUGUGAGCGUGCUUUUCAUAUGCUGCAGAAAGAAGGCGUCACUUUGCCUGACACGGCGAUUGGCUAUGUGAUCUACAGACAGGCUGCACUGACUGAGAACCAGGAGCUCAGAUUUGGAGCUUGGAGCCGAGGGAACUACGAUCAGAAGACCGUUGUCUCAUGUCUUCGAAAGCUUGACAAGGUGGUGAUGGACAGCAAGGGCAAGUCUAGCACUGCGUUUCUGCAAGAAGAUGAUGGCGCUGGAGACUCGGGAGAUGACUUUUUCCCAACUUCCCAGGAGGGAUACGAGGACUCAGAUGUUGAAAAUGCCAUCUACAUGGAAGAAGAUGACCCGAACAAGAUCUAUGAUGAAGCAGAGGCACAGUUAGCCUUAGCCACUUACCAAGAAGUGCGGAAGGCUUUGAAUGCAAAGCAGAAGGCACGUCAGUACUAUGGUAGCGGGAAACGGGGCUCGUUUGGGAAAGCAGCUUUCACCAGGCAGAGAAAGAAGAUCACCGUGGAGGAGCUGAAGCUUCGCACGCGCUGUGGCAAAUGUGGGCUCGUAGGUCAUUGGGCGGCUGAGUGUGGAAACCCACCCGAUGCUCGCGGCCGACAAUUUUCGGCGGUGCAGUCUCACAGGUCACAGGGGAGCUCUUCGGCAAGUUCUGGUGGAAAGACCGGCAGUCAGUCCACGGGGCAGCAGACCUGCUUGGAAUCAGAGACAGCAAGCUAUGCUCAGUUCACCGGGCUUACGACAAGUCCAACCAUGGCAGUGGUAGACACUGCAGCCCAGGAUGGGCUCAACGGCGCAGCGGCGCUGGAGAGGCUAAAAGAGAGGCUUGCACAAUGCGGUUUGACAGUUGUUUGGACAGGUAGGCAAGCAAAGGCACAUGGAGUUGGAGGUCAAGCAACAGUUUUAGGAAUUGUGGCGAUUCCAUUAGGAGUGGCCGGAAAGACCGGAAUUUUAGAAGCCACAGUUGUCACUGGCGAAGUUCCACUUUUGCUGCCAGUGAAGAUGUUGAGAAGUUUGCGAGCAGUUGUUGAUUUGAAUGAGAUGUCAGUCCGUUUUCACACCUUGCAGAGAUCAGUUGAGUUGAACACUUUGCCAAGUGGACAUGUCGCAAUUGAAGUCACCGAUUUUGGUCAAGAAGGUUUUGUUUUUCCUCAUGAAGCCACAAAAGCAGCGGAAUAUCGAGAGAGCGACUUCCGCAUCAACUUGGGUCCGAACCAGACUGGCAGUGUCAUGCUUUCGCAUUUGCCUCGUCUGCAGCGGUCUCCAGAAGUGGCCUCUGCGAGCGUAGCCAUUGGGGAAAAGCCGCACAAUUCGAAGAGGGCUUUGAAGCACUGGCGUCAAGUGCUCGACAAGGCUCACAUGGUAGAACAGCUGGUUGGGUUGGAAGCAUCGGUGCACUCGUGGCUUCCUCAGAGUGGAGCGCCGAGCGUUUGUGGCCAGCUUUCGCAAGAGCAGCUCGAAGAGCACGUCAAGCAUGCCGAGCUUUUGACAAGCCUGCGUGGGAAGACCGUGCCUGUGAAGACGGCAGAGGAGUGCCAUCACCCAGGCAACAGGCUGAACCAAGGGGGCAGCCAACAUGGAGGUUGGGUGAUUUGCCAGGACUGUCACUCGAGAUGGAGCCUCUACAAGAAGACAAGCACAGCAGCAGCCAAGAAGAAGGCAGUGACAGCAACAACGAGCCCAGCCAGUUCAGCACAGGAGAAGUUCGAUGUGGCCAAGAUGGAAUAUACCAUCAGGGGCAAACUCGAACAGGAGUUUCACACCAAGUAUGUGGAGUCGAUGAACUCUAUGAAGGAAGAAGUGCAGAUGGAGCAAGCUCAGCAAAACAGUUGGAUGCAGAAUGUCAACAGCAGUCACCUGCGUCGGGCCAACGAGUUGGAGAUGGCAGUGCAGCGCGAGGAGAUGAAGCAAGCCGAGAUCAAGGAGAUGGCAAGUGCAGAGAUGCGUCAAAUGCAAGCCAAACUGCACUUUCAACACAAGCAGCUGGGCAUUGUGGAGUUGAUGAAGACGGAGUAUGCAUCGAUGGCCCUGGGGAUGAAGUACCAGGAAAGUCAGGGGUACCACGACUCGGAGAUGUACGAGUAUGCCGAGAGGCAGUGGGAGAACCUGGAAGAAGCUCAAGCCCUAGGGAAGGGCUUCGAAGACGAGGGCACAUGGGUUCGACUGAAAGAACCGGUCGGAGAGCUCAAGGGCAGAGUGGAAAAGCUCAACCAAGGAGGUCACUUUUGGGCACAGAGGAUCUGUCUUGAAGAAGGUGAGGAGAUGUAUGAGGUUGAAAUGGAGGACUUGGAAGACGAGACAGAGUGCCUGGUGAAGAUUGGACAGACAGAGAAGUCCAAGAUGGAAGAUAUGGUUGAGGAAGUUGAAGAGAAAGCUCUGCCAAAGAAGACGAAGAAGCAGCUGAGGAAGGCACAUGCCGAAGCAUGGCCAGUGGAUGUCAGCGAGGUUUUCAGCCCGCCAAGGCUGACCAAAGAAGCUCCUAAGAUGGGACUGAAGCCAGGAGGAGCCUACGACUUGAAGACAGGCUACAACCUGCGAUGUCAGAAGGAUCGCAAGAGGAUGGAGGAGGAGCUGGCAGAAGACAGGCCAGAACUUCUGCUGUGUUGUCCACCUUGCGGACCUUUUUCAGUCCUGCAGCAACUCAACUACCCGAAGAUGCCAGCAGCCAAGGUAAAGCACAUCAUAGCAGAAGGAGUUGAUUGCCUCAAAAUAGCAGCAAAGAAGUGCAAGCAGCAGCAUGAAGCAGGACGAGUGUUCAUUUUCGAACAUCCCAGAAAUUCCAAGGCAUGGAAGGAGGAAGAGCUGGAGGAGCUGAGGAGAUUGCCAGGAGUCUAUGUGUGUCAUUUUGACAUGUGCCGAUAUGGCAUGAGGGUCAAGAAGGACCUCAACAAGAAGCCCACAACCAUGAUAGUCAACUCCGAAAGCAUCGCCCAAGAGCUUCAACGACGAUGCGAUGGGACAAUCCUUAAAGGCCUGAAGAAGCACUUGGCUCAGAGGGAGCCCAAGCCAGAAGAGGAAGUCACAGUCCUGGCCAUGGGAUUGGAAGAUGAGCUCGACGAGGAGAUCGAGAGAGCCGGCGAAGAGGACAAGAUGAAGAUUCAGAGGAUGCACAACAAUCUGGGCCAUCCAGCUCUGCCAAGUUUCUUGAGGUUUCUCAAAGCUGGCAGAGUCAGGCAAGAGGUGGUGAAGUGGGUGGCCAGAGAAUUUUCAUGUCCGACCUGCAAAAGCCAUGAGUUGCCAAAAGCUCCACGACCUGCUGUGGUUCCCAAAUGCUACGCUCCAGGAGUAGCUAUGGGUUUGGAUGUGUUCUACAUCCCUGACGAGUUGAACCAGCGUUCACUUCCGGUGCUCAACAUGCUGGACUUAGGCACAAACUAUCAGAUGGUGGAGGUGCUGGAGUCAAAGGAGCCUUUACACAUCUGGAGGACGAUGUGGAGGACAUGGGCACGAACGUUUGGUUUGCCUCAAUACAUCUCGGUAGAUGAAGGCCGAGAAUUCAGAGCAGGAUUUGCCCAGAUGUGUGCUAGUGCCGGCACUUUGGUGUUUCGAGCAGCAGCUCGAGCUCCGUGGCAGCAGGGUAAGGUGGAGCGACAUGGAGGGUUAAUGAAAACACUCCUCGAAAAGAGUCGUGAAGAAAUGCCACCAACAAGCAGGCAUGAGCUCGUCCACCUGAUUUAUGCCUGUGAAGCUGCAAAGAACAGGUUUAGCAACAGAUCGGGCUACAGUCCGGCACAACGGCAAAUAGGUCAAUGGCCGAGGAUGCCAAGCAGCCUUAUGAGCGAUGAAGAGCUCGAUCCCACUCUACAAGCACAGCAUCGAGUGGAUGACUUUGAGAAGCUCAUGGAGAUGAGGAGAGUGGCUCAAGAUGCCUUCAUGAAGACAGCAAGCCGCGAAGCAGCAGCUCGAGCGGUGAAGGCCAGACCAAGAGUGCAAAGGACGUUUAAAGCAGGAGAUGUGGUCUAUGUCUUCAGAUCCUUGAGGAAGAAGAAGGCGAUUCACCAAGCAACGGUCCGAAGGACCCUUCAGCAGAAGGCAAGUUGGGUAGGACCAGGGCACGUGUUAGCCCUAGAAGGAUCUGUGGUCUGGGUAAAUAUGUUUGGAGAGCUCUGGAGAGCCGCUGUGGAGCAGGUGAGGUUGGCUACCACGGAAGAGCGGCUGGGAAUUGAAGUGGUCUCAGAAGAGUUUGAGGAGAUGCAAGAGAGACUCAAACGAAGUUCCCACAGAGCGGGAUACAGAGAUGUGUCUGAGGAGGCAUGGCCAGAAGUUGAAGAGGAAGACCCAGAGAGACAAGACCGCAGAGGGGCUGAAGAGGAAGAAGACGAGGUUCGAGCGGAAGGGGAUGCUCGAGGAAGACCUCGCAUACGCUUUGAUGAAGCAGGAGCGGCAGCAGCAGAGGAGGAUUACAGCCCUGGAACACCAGUGGCUGGGGACCAACAGGUGGAACCAGAUCAGGAGGCGGAAAUAAAAAGGAUGCCAACAACAGAGGAGAUGGAAGCCAUUAUGAGGUCGAUACGGCAAAGCGACCGGCUGGAUGGGCAUCCGCCUCAAGAAUAUGAGGCCAAAAGAGACAAGUUGGAAGGCCGAUGGCGACGGAUGUGGAGGAAGAACUUUUUCAACCCCAUUCAAGCAGAAGGAAGCCCCAUCCCACUGAGAGCUCUGGGAAAGGGAAGACGCACAAUUAUGGUGCGUGCCAAUGGGGAAGAGGAGAAGGUGGAGGAUGAAUGGUCACUCUUCGCCAAAAGAGAAGAAAAGCGAAGUUGGUGGAAAGGAAUCACCGAAUUUCCGGUGGAUCAGCAUUUUCUUCUUCACACAAGAGCGGAUAGUGGGCCAGGAAAGAAGAAGAGAGGAGAAGGUGAGGUGUUUCCCCAUGAAAUCAAGCCGGAAGAAUGGCCUGAAUGGGAGGUUCAAGACAGAGAGGAAUUCCAGAAGAUUGUGAGGAGUGGAGCACUGAGGGUGCUGAGCCUUGAGGAGUCACGGGCAGUGAAGGCUCGCCUGAAAGCCGAAGGAAAGGCAAACAGGAUACUCCCAAGCAGAAUGGUGCGAAGAUAUAAACCAGGAGAAGGCCCUGGUGCACCAAGAAGUUUGAAGAGCAGGUUUUGCAUCAGAGGAGAUUGUGACCCUGAUGCAGCGUCUCUGGAGAGGUUUGCGCCGACAGUUACAACCUCAAAUCUCCAAGUGGUCAUCCAGAUGGCAGUUAACAAGCGUUUCCGAGGCAAAGUCGGAGACUUAAAGUCAGCAUUCACACAGAGCAAACCACUGGUACGUGAUGGCGGACCUUUGUAUUGCCGCGCAUGCCAUGGCAGUAUGCCUGGACUUCAUGAAGAACAAAUUGCGGAAGUCAUUUUGGGCUGCUAUGGACUGAUGGAUGCUCCUUUGAACUGGAGGCAAACACUCACAGCCUUCAUCCAAGAGGAUCUCAAGUACACACAGAGCAGCUUGGAUCCUUGCACGUACAUUCACUUUGACAAAGAAGGGAAGAUCCGCGGAGUGAUUGCAGUAGAGGUGGAUGAUUUGUUGAUGUUUGGAGAUGAAGUGCAUGAAAAGAAAGUAGAAGAGUUGCAAAAGAGGUUUUCCUUUGGGAAGCUUAAGGAGAUCACCCAAGAAGGGGUAGAUUUCAAUGGAAGGCGUUUGAGGAUGGAAGGUGACACCGUGUUGAUCGACAUGCAAGCUUUUGUUCAAGAGAGACUCAAAGCGGUAGAGUUGGAGAAGGAAAGAAUGAAACAAAAGAAUGAGCCGAUCAAUGAGCAAGAAAGAAGUAGAGUGCGAAGUGCAUGUGGAGCACUCAACUGGUUGGGAAGAGAGGGAAGACCUGACGCGGCCGCAGCGGCGUCGUUGUUCAGCUCACAAAUGGUGGACAUGAAGGUGGAAGACAUCAUAGAGUUGAAUCAUACAAUAGCGCGUUUGAAAGAGGAGCCAGAACUCUCUUUGAGAAUCCAGCCAAUUGAUGAAAAAGACAUGAGGUGGGGAGUCAUCACAGAUGCCUCCUAUGCAAACGCCAGAGGAGGAAAGACUCAGGCAGGUCAUAUGCUCAUUUCUUUUCACAAAGAUCUUCUAGCAGGAAAGUGCGCUGCAACAAAUCUUCUUCACUGGCGCAGUGGUAAACUGCAAAGAACGGUAGGAAGCACUUUAGCGGCGGAGACACAAUCUUUGGCUCGUGGAGUUGGAGACCUUUUGUGGAUGAUAGCGAUGUAUCUGGAAUUGACUGAGCCGUCUUUUCAGCUUCGAGAGUGGCGCAAGUUCAUAGGAAGGGUUGGCUACACUGCUUUUUCAAAGUAUGAGAAGACCGAAGAAAUGCAAGAUGCCUUGGCGCUUGUCGACGCCAAGUCGCUCUAUGACUUGCUCAUUCAUGAAACCACGGGUGGCACUGACCGUAGAAAUGCGCUUGAUGUACAGGUGUUGAGAGAAGAAUUGAAAGAACUCAGCGGGAAAAUACGCUGGGUAGAACAUAUGCAAAUGCCAGCUGACUGCCUGACAAAGAAAAGAGGCAGGGUAGACACCUUGCACCGCAUUUUGAAAGAAGGAACCUUCGGAAUCACAGAAGAGGCAACAACGCUCAAAGAGCGUCUGAGUGUCGAGGGCAAAGACUUGCCAUUGGACACGGAAGAGAUUCCUGUCAAAGCCCUCAACACGCGGCAUGCAGAAUAG